AGAACAACAACAAGAGAAGAUGAAGAGAGUUAUGGUGAUUAUCGACGAGAGCAACUCAAGUUAUGAUUUACUAGUUUGGGUCCUCAAAAAUCUUAAAGAUGUCAUUGACAGCUCCAAAGUUGUGAUCUUCGCAAAACAGCCACAAAACUCCUUCACUCCUCCUACCGCACUUGCUUCGUCGGUGGGCUUUGCUCAGAUUUUCUAUCCAUUUUCAGCCAAUUCAGAACUCAUGAGAUUGGCUCAAGAAAAGAAUACAAAAUUUGCGUUGGGUAUAUUAGAGAAAGCCAAGAAGUUAUGUGGAAAUCAUGGGGUUAAAGCAGAGACAUUUACUGAUGUUCGAGACGUGAAAGAUAUAAUCCACAAAAUAAUUCAAGAGCGAAAGAUCAAUCUAAUAGCUAUCACCGAUCAACAAAACCGAAAUCUUAAAAAGUGUUUACCUACUACGGAGUGCUCUCUUGUGGUCGUGAAGUGAAGCAAGGAUUUUGCAAACAUUGAUGGUGGUACAAAACGCUAAAAAGUAUAGAUAGUGUUGUAUGCGAUUGUUGUGAUUAUGUAUAUGAAUGCGUUAGUGUGGGGUUGUAUAGUUGAACAUUUGAUUGUAUGUAUAUGAAUAAAUAAUAUAUAAAUUAUAAAAAGU